AAUGCUUGCCUCCUAGAAGAGAACGCUAGUGAGCUUCAAACUCGUAGCCGAGAGUUAGACUACGGUAACGCCGAUUGGAUGGCCUCAUCCAUUCGACACAGCGAGUGCCCGAAUUACGACAAAAUCGUAAAGAUAGCUCUGAGCGAAGGAGUUGAAUCGCUGCCGAAAAAAUGUCAAAUAUCGCCUGGUAUUCCCUUAAAGCCAAUGCUCGCGUAUCCAACGAAAGGCAUCGAAGAUGUGAUGCGUCGCUUUGGCUCUUCUGAAUUCGCCUGUGAGUGGAAGUACGACGGCGAAAGAGCUCAGAUUCACUUUGGCAAAGGUGCCUUCAAAAUCUUCAGUCGCAACCAGGAAGAUCACACUACGAAAUAUCCGGAUGUAAUAGAGACGCUUUCAACCAGUGUCGUGGCGAAAGACGACGACGGGAAUAAAGCGAAGUCUUACAUAAUAGAUUGCGAAGUGGUGGCGUGGGACGUCGAAAAGCAGUGCAUUUUGCCGUUCCAAGUACUAACAACACGCAAGCGCAAAGAACUUCUAGUGAUGAUGAACGCAGCCAUGAAGGACAUCCACAUCCACGACUUCAGAAUUGGUCAGCGAGAUUUCAUUGAAGAAAUAUGGGGAACUGAAUAA